UAAAUGUUCAUAUAUAAGACAAUCAACGAAUCGAGUUAGAGCACAAACAAGUGAAGUUUGGAAGUGCUUACACAGUAAGAAACAUGAAAGCUAUAGUAUUUUUAACAGUAGUUUUGGCGUUUGCGCCAGGACUACAAGGGAGAUCUUUGGUGCGUCCAGGCAUUAUACCUGGAAUUAAACCACAACCAGUUCCCGAAGUCGAAAGCCCCGAAAUUGAAAUCAACCCAGUGCCAAUCGUCCCCGGGAUCAAACCACAACCCGUUCCCGGAGUUGAAACUCCAGAAAUAGACAUCAGUGUACCAAUUGUACCUGGAAUUAAACCACAACCCGUGCCAAUUGUUCCCGGAAUAAAACCACAACCCAUUCCAGGAGUAGAAAGCCCAGAAAUCGAAAUUAACCCCGUACCAAUUGUACCCGGAAUCAAACCUCAACCAGUUCCCGGAUUUGAAACCCCAGAAAUUGAUAUUAGUGUACCAAUUGUACCCGGAAUCAAACCUCAACCUGUUCCAAUCGUCCCCGGAAUUAAACCACAACCCAUUCAGGAAGUAGAAAGCCCUGAAAUCGAAAUCAACCCCGUACCAAUUGUACCUGGAAUCAAACCUCAACCAGUUCCCGGAUUUGAAACCCCAGAAAUUGACAUCAGUGUCCCAAUUGUACCAGGAAUCAAACCACAACCUGUGCCAAUCGUCCCCGGAAUCAAACCACAACCUGUACCAAUCGUCCCCGGAAUCAAACCUCAACCAAUUCCCGGAGUCCAAACCCCAGAAAUUGACAUUAGUGUCCCAAUUGUACCCGGAAUCAAACCACAACCUGUGCCAAUCGUCCCCGGAAUCAAACCACAACCCAUUCCUGACGUAGAAAGCCCUGAAAUCGAAAUCAAUCCCGUACCAAUUGUACCUGGAAUCAAACCUCAACCAGUUCCCGGAGUUGAAACCCCAGAAAUUGACAUCAGUCUCCCAAUUGUACCCGGAAUCAAACCACAACCUGUUCCAAUCGUACCAGGAUUUAAACCCCAAAGUUAUUGAAGAUUGCAAUCGCGAUCACUGGUUGUCGCCCCUAUUGCUCCAGCUCUUCGUCCCCUACCAAUUAUCAUCAAACCUGAAGUUGAAUCCCCGGAAAUCGAAGUUAAUCCCGUACCCAUCGUACCAGGAGUCAAACCUGUCCCACUCCCAGAGGUCGAAACCCCAGAAUUGGAAGUCAACCCUGUACCAAUCGUUCCAGGAGUCAAACCUGUCCCACUCCCAGAAGUACAAACCCCAGAAUUGGAAGUCAACCCUGUACCAAUCGUUCCAGGAGUCAAACCUGUCCCACUCCCAGAAGUACAAACCCCAGAAUUGGAAGUCAACCCUGUACCAAUCGUCCCAGGAAUCAAACCCGUACCAAUCCCAGAAGCCGAUAAGCCAUCCAUUGGAAAUUUGCCAACAAAAGACGAAUGUAGCUACUUGGCCGACCUUCUUGGAAAACUUAUCAUCUUUUAAAAAGUGUUAAAAUAAGAAAAUGUUUAUGUACAAAAUAACUAGUACAAAUAUAUAGAUAACUGCAUCAA